ACAAGUGAGUGAGAGGCUGAGAGGCAGCUGCAGUGGGAGACGCAGCAACGCAUACCGCGCAGGACUGACGCACACUAUUUCCUCUGCGGGGUUAUUCCAACAACUUACGUCCUAUUUUGAUGGUGUUUUUUAAAUCAAUUUUCUGGAUAAAGGAUUUCUGAGUACUUAGCGGGUACCUCUGAAGGAUGACACUUUGGGUAUUUGUUUUUUUAUAAAACAGCUUGAUUCGGAGACGGAGAACGCGUCUUUUGCGCACUGCCAUUUUGGAUUAGCGCACUGUGUUUUGUUCAGUUUCCAUCAUGAAAUGUGCAGAUAAAUGAAAGUUAACUCCGCGUCCGUUCCCCGCAUGCCCUUGGCUCUGUUUACGCCCAGAUCCAAAUGAGAUAUCUCCCCAGUGGAUCUGAAGAGCUUUUACGCAGCCAGUCUUGGGAGCGCAGCGGUGAUUCACAACGGAGAAGAGCAGAGAGCACGUCCGCUCCCACACCCACGUCUCUCCCUUCUCCCGCGGACCCGUCGCGCCAGGCUAAAAGGCUUCCCGUUCGGAUUGUUAAGAUGUUGACGGCUCACAGCGGCCACCUGCUGCACCCGGAGUAUCUCCAGCCCCUCACUUCUGCGCCGGUUAGCAUUGAACUGGAUGCAAAGAAGAGUCCUUUGGCUCUGCUGGCCCAGACCUGCUCUCAAAUUGGCAAACCCGACCCUCCCUCCUCUUCCAAGUUGGCCUCGCUCUCCUCCAGUGCGCUAGGAGACAAGGAAUCGUCCGGCAGGUCAUCCAAGCCCGGAGAGCAGCACCAGUCCCUGGAUGACAAAUCCAGCUUCAAGCCUUACUCCAAGUCAUCAAGCGACUGUCGUAAGGAUGUCUUGGUGACAAAGGGGGCAUCAGAUAAAGCGGCUUUAAGGGUGCCAAAUGGAAUUUCCAGUGGAGGAAAUACUUCAUGUCCAUCCUUUCUCUCCCAUUCCAGGUCACCAAACUCCAGCUCUCCUCCUCUGCCCCACAGACAGAGCCAUUCCCCUUCCAUACAGCCUCCAUUACACUCCCAGACACCACAUACGGACAGCAAACCUGACCAGGCAAGCACGGAUAAUAGCAGCAAUGUUGCUGGCAAAAAAGACUCUGAUGCAGCAAAGCCAGGGGUGGAUGGUGCUCACUUAGCCAACUCCAGCCAAGUAAGGGCCAGCGCUAACUCCAGCAACGCCAGCUCAGCCAGCAGCCCACGGCCAGAGAGCAAGACGGAACCUCAGGCCUCUUCACAGCCUUCUCUUAGUUCUGGACACAUUGCACCAGUCUCUCCAUUCAAACCCGGGCAUUCUGUCUUCCCUUUGCCCCCGGCUACUAUGGGAUACCACGGUUCAAUUGUGGGGGCCUAUGCCAGCUAUCCUUCGCAGUUUGUUCCCAGCUUAGAUCCCACCAAGUCCAGUUUGGGCUUAGGACUUCAAGGAAAGCACCCCAGCUCCAGCCCACUAACUGGAGCUUCCCCUCCAUCUCUGAUGCAGGGUUUGUGUCGGGACCCUUACUGUUUGAGUUACCCCAAUGCCCCCCACCUGGGGGGCAGUAACUGCUCCACAUGUGUCCAUGACCCUUCAAGUCUAAAGUCUGGUUUUCCCCUAGUUUACCCCUCACACCACCUCCACUCCUUACACUCUGGCUCCUUUUCAUCGAGCAGCACACCCUCCCUUUCCCACCCACUUUACACAUAUGGUUUCAUGGUCCCAAAUGAGCCCCUGCCCCAUGCCUGUAACUGGGUUUCUGUCAGCGGGCCCUGUGACAAGCGCUUUGCCACAUCAGAGGAGCUACUAGCCCACUUGCGUACCCAUACAUCCCUGCCUGGGAUGGUGGACAGCAAGCUGUUGUCGGCUUAUCCCUCAUCGGUUUCAUCUACAGCAUCGUGCCAUCUUCACCUGCCCCCACACAGCAGCCCAGGAGCCCUUCCCAGCUCCUUCUCCCUGCGAGGCUCUCCCGGAUUAGGCCUGGCACGCUACCAUCCCUACGGCAAAUCCCACUUGCCAGGCACGCCAGGACUUCCGAUGCCAACUCUUCCCUCCUCCUCAGCCUACUACUCCCCCUACGCCCUCUAUAACCAGAGACUUGGCUCUGCCUCAGCUCUGGGAUAUCAGUGAUAAGACGAAACACCACUGACACCCAUGUACUGGAGGCCCCACCUUGGACUGUCGUGAGCCAGCCUUAAGAUGGAUUCAUGAGACUAAGGUCAUUGUGAGUGCAAAGGCAUCAUGCCUGCAGGCCUGCCAAAAAUACCACCUGUUUGUCUCAGGAUCGUGACCAGUGUUCCAAAAGGAAAAAGGCCUGCAAUUGCCUGCAACAGAAAAACAACAGACUUUAAUUAAAGACAGCAGGAAACUGGACUUUAAAAAUUAUGAGAUUAUCUCUAGAGUUUUGAGUUUUGCUUUGCUUUUUAAACUUAUUCCCCCCAGAAUUACAAGUCUGUAUUUAUUUUCCAUGGAAGCUCUUGGUUUUCAAAUCAAGAGGUGGGGGGGGGGUUACAUUCUGAAGUAUUCUAAGGGGGAAGAGAUUGAUUUAACUAUAACACCAUUAUUAUCAUAUCAUUAAACAAUAAAAAUGUUGCACUCUGAUGUAGAUGGAUUGUGAGGCUUUAUUCUGGGGAGUUUUAUUUUUUUAAACUCCUUUCCUUUCUGCUUUUUGUUUGCUUGUUUUGAAUUUUCAGAAAUCCUAGUGUGCAUACAGAGACUUUGGAGAUUUGCAUGUUGGUGAGAAUUAUCUUGAACAACUUUAUUAUUUCUAUUUGUAAAUAUGCACAGAUGUAAUAUUUUUUCAAGCUUACAAGGGAACAGCAAGUUGGGGAUGGGGGGGUCACCUACGCAAAUGGUGCAGAGAUUAGAAAUGACAUAAACAAAAAUGAUGGCUGUGCUGUCUGACCAACAGGAAAAGGUCGUAUUUUAAAUAAAUGAUACAUGGUUGCA